CAAGUCACACCUAGUAGAUUCCGAGUCAAAAUUUUUCUUGGAACUGCUUAAUUCAUGGCUUUGAUCUUUUAGAUUGAGCUUGAUGUUUAAUGAAUCUACAAACUGCGUCUCGCGAACAUGGGUUGUCUACAGGAUUGGAUUAGUCAGUUGCCAGAUGAUGUGCUCAUGAUCAUUCUGUCAAGCUUGCUGAUGAGAGAGGCAGCUAGAACACGUGUCCUUUCUCAUAGAUGGAGGAAACUGUGGAAACAUUUCACCGGUAGUUUGGACUUUGAUGCUUCAGACACUCUAAGGCUCAUUGCCCAUUUGGAAGUAGACCGCGUAACCGAAGCACGAAGGUAUCGAGACUGGGUAGAUCAAGUGGUGGUUUCACACGAGGGUUCAUCAUUCAAAGGAUUAAGAAUUGCUUUCGUGUUGGGCAAGUCUAAUGUAGCUGCUCUGAAUAAAUGGCUCUACUUGGCCAUUGUGAAAAGGGUUCAAAGACUUGAACUGGAUUUGUCUUCGGCUGACGGAGGUGUCGGCUGCACUGAUAGUUCUUUCACCUUCCCAUCUUGGUUAUUGCAUCUUAACUUUCUUGACUUUACGAGCUUCGACAGGCUAACUUCCUUGUGCUUGAAAUCUAUUUCCAUUACUGAAGAUGAUCUUGCAUACUUCUUAUCGAAGUGUUCAUUGCUCGAGCAAUUAACGGUGGAAAAUGCUGCAUAUUUGCACAAAGUCAGAGUUGCUGCUCGUCAAUCACUCAAGUUGAAGCACCUGGAGAUCAGAUACUGUUUGAAGUUGGAGGAUGUUGAGGUUUCAGCCAGGAGUGUUGCUUCAUUUAAAUGUGCUGGCCCCAUGAUUAACAUAAACGUUCCAGAAUUCUCUUCAAUUUCCCUUGCGGUUGAAUACUGUGAAAUGUUAUUUGUGAAGUUUCCUAGAAUCUGGUCUUUCUCAGGUCUCCAGCAACUAGAAUUGAAAUUGAAUCUGAGGAUGAUGGAACCUUCAAGAAGCAUGAGUUUUCCGAAAGAUAUUCCAGAGUUAAGUGAACUCAAGCAGUUGGAGUUGAAGUUUAGAGUACCUGCAGAUCACAGUAUUCUCUUCUUGAGCUCGAUAAUACGUGCAUCUCCUCGCCUGCUCAAGUUAAUAUUGAAGUGUAGGGUUGAAUGGUUUUGGCCACUGGAAACUGAGACUUUGAGAUCGUUGGAAGACUGUGAAAAAGGAGUGGAAGGAGCAAGCUGGGGAAAAUCGUCAUCAGAGCCUCAAGGAGAUCGAAUUCGUUGGUUGGAUUGGACUGGAGAAGACUGAUGCCCAAUUCGCCCAUUAUUUGAUGGAUAGUGCCAUUUCACUUGAGAAGUUGAUUCUUGAUUUCACAAGUCCAUGCUUUGAUAGGAGGAAAAUGGCAUUUCUGGGAGACACCUUGUAUUCGGAGGAGUAGGGAAGAUGUUUUAUCAAGUGCACUGCAGCUUGAGACAAAACUACCCCCUACGGCCAAGUUGAUCAUAUGCUUUGAAUCAUCAACAAGACAAGAGUAUUAAUACUAGCUUCGAUUUAUUGGACCUGAAAUAGUUAUUUAUAGUUUAUUAUUUGAUUGUUUCAAAAACUUGUGGGUUCAUAAAUUUGUUGUCGAUCACUUAAUGCUCA